AUGGAGAGGCUGUUCAACAUAGAGGGAGCCGUGCAAGCGGCCACGGCGGGAGCUCAAGAUGAGCUGGACUUGACCCAUCAAGGUGCUCUUCUUAUCACAAGAGACGAAAGGUUGACCACAACACUCGCGUGGAGAUACGCCAUCUGCCGCGCCCUUCGGUCAGACACCGUUCUUUUCCUGACGACCGACCGUGAGAAAUUAUCGACGUCCGCCGAAUGGAGUGUGUUCGACGGCGGCGGUGAUGCGCUCUCACGCAUCCAUAUACGAUAUGUCACCAACGUAUCAGCUCUGAAGAGUUUCCUAGCCUGGUUCCCGCACUUGGAUCAGCCUGUCGGCCUCCCCGGGCUGCCUGAAUGCAUAGUUAUUAACAACUACGGGACCUUCUUCGCCGAUGAGGAAGCUCUAGAGAACGAUUCCGCUCGCUGUAUGGCCCUUUUGCGGUUUGCGCUGGAGAAUAUUGGCAAGACUAAGCAGAGGACCACCCGAUGUUUGAUCACAGACGCACUCGACGUCGCGGAUGACCUCACGACAAGCGAUGGGGACCCGAUAUCACAAUGUUUCAAGUAUCUGAAGUGGAUUUUGGAGGUGGAAGACGUACAUUCUCCGUACUGCACCAUGAAACUAUCAAACUCAAUAACGUUUCAUGGAGCGCUGGUAAAUGGUGACGGCCGAUCUCCCAAAGAUGCAACAAACCAUUCUUCUUACGAGAUGGUCCAAAUUGGCGACGGGUUGCCCCAGUCCGCUGAGCCGGGAUCAUCGGAUGCCGCUUGCGAUGCAGAACCGCUGAUUACUGAUGCGUUGAAACAUUCCUCGGUUACUCCGAUGUAUCAUUGA